AUGAAGAAACCUGGCAGUGUGGAGGAUCUUCCCGAAUGGAAUUUCGAUGGCUCUUCUACCGGCCAAGCUCCCGGCGAUAACUCCGAUGUCUACAUCCGCCCCGUUGCCAUGUACCCCGACCCCAUCAGACUGGGCGACAACGUCCUGGUCAUGUGCGAGACCUGGGACCCAGAUGGAACUCCCAACAAGUCCAACUUCCGUCACGACGCAGCCCGUCUCAUGGAAGCAAACAAGGACCACCACGUUUGGUUCGGUCUUGAGCAAGAAUACACUCUCCUGAGUGAAUCCGGUUGGCCAUACGGCUGGCCCGCUGGUGGCUUCCCCGGUCCUCAGGGCCCAUACUACUGCGGUGUCGGCACUGGCCGUGUCUACUGCCGUGACAUCGUCGAGGCGCACCACAAGGCCUGCAUCUACGCCGGCAUCAACAUUUCCGGCACCAACGCCGAAGUCAUGCCCGCUCAGUGGGAGUACCAGGUCGGUCCCUGCGAGGGUAUUGACCUCGGUGACCAACUCUGGGUUUCCCGAUGGCUCCUGCACCGCAUUGCCGAGGAGUUUGGCGCCAAGGUGUCAUUCCAGCCCAAGCCAAUCCCCGGUGACUGGAACGGUGCCGGUCUCCACACCAACGUCUCUUCCUCGGAAAUGCGUGAGGAGGGCGGUAUGAAGCACAUCGAGGCUGCCAUGAAGAAACUCGAGCAGCGUCACAUUGAGCACAUCAAGGUUUACGGUGAAGGAAACGAGCUCCGCAUGACUGGUGCGCACGAGACCAGCAGCAUCGACAAGUUCACUUGGGGUGUUGCCAACCGUGGCUCGUCCGUCCGAAUUCCCCGUCAAUGUGCUAAGGAGGGCAAGGGUUAUGUAAGUUCUGAUUCUCCCUUCGACAGGCGCCCGGCGUCGAACGCUGAUCCCUACCAGAUCACCGGCAUCAUCGUUGAGACAAUCUACGGAUCUCUGCCCGAGGAGAAGUAG